CGCCCCUCCCCAAUCCCCCCACCCGCAACCUCACUCGACCAGGCCAGAGUAGCUAAACGGCUCAUCCAUCCAUCCAUUCGGUCUCUCGCCUACGUUCUAGCGAGGCAGCCAGGCCAAAGCAAAGCACCAUGCUCGGCCUCCGCGUCCUCUGCAGCGCGCCACCGGCACCGCCGGCGAGGGGCCGCUGCAGCACGCCGGAGAAGAGCGGCCGGGCGUUCCUGCUGGGCGUCCCCGCCGCCGUCUCCCUCUCGCUCGUCCUCUGGUCCACUCCAGUGAGCGCCGGCAUCCUGUCAGGGUCCACCGGGCUGGAGUCCAUCCCAGCACCCCCGUUGCCCCGGCUCGAGUUCUUGGACAAAUGGAAUGCGGAGAACCAGAGGAAGUACGCGGAGAACGACUCGAGGUUCAAGUCCUCCAAGGUGCUCAGGGAGCUGCUCCAGAAGUCCAAGCAAAACAAAGAGAAGAACGAGAGGGAGAUCCAGGACAAGUACUGCCUGCGGGGCGCCGAGUGGGGCGUCGGCGACUGCUCCACGGUGGGGAUGACGGACCAGGAGAAGGAGGACUUCAUCACGGAGCUCAAGAAAAGGGUUGGAGAAUGAGCACACGCAUCACGGAGCUCUCCGUUGCUCGCCAGGAACACAGAGAGUUGUGGCACUGCAUAUAACUGCUUCUUGCCACAGCGGCAGGAUCUAGUGGCAGCAUAGUCGCUAGAGAGUGAGAGAUUGGACUUGAGGGGGGAAAGGAACACUAGACAGAUACACAGUUUAGUUCAGAAUUGCAGAUGGUUUAAAAAGGUGAAUGGGAGUAAUGGCUUCUUAUACUGUCAGUACUACUACAUGCGAAAUUUGAAUUUUUUGUUACAUCUUGAA